CUCGACUCGUAACUGAUCUGUUGUUCUGCUGAUUGAAUGGUGAUGGAUGUCGUUGAGGCCGAAGCGAAACAUUGCCGACAAGCGGCCGGUGACGUGCUUCGAUCCAUUCUAUUCAUCAUUCUGCCUCUGAUUCUUCUAUAUAAGCGUGCUGGCGGCAUUUCGAGCGAGCGGAGGAUGUAGAUCAACGGCAAGAGCAAGGAAUAUGGGCUCACUUCCGCCUCGCCAACGCUUUCGAGCGAACAACGUAGCCAUCAUAGGCGCUGGACCAUCGGGCUUAGCAGCGGCAAAGUACUUACUUGCAGAGCAUGCCUUCUCACGCAUCACCAUCAUUGAGCAGCGAACUACGGUUGGAGGACAGUGGAACUACAUCCCAUGCGAUGCCGAAUCCGCCCAAGAUUUUCCGAUACCACAAACCAGUCCACAUGCGCGUUUAGAGCGGCCGAUAUGGAAGAGUAGCAAUACAUCUAAGGAGCCGAGUCAAGAUGCGCAGGAGCAAGCACAAUUUAUGACUGCAAUCUAUGAGCGACUCGAAACAAAUAUCCCUCGUGAUCUGAUGGCCUUUUCAGAUCUUGAAUGGCCAGGAGACCGCCAGCUAUUUCCAAAACACGAGGACGUGCUGGAGUAUACCGAGCAAUACGCGAAGGACGUGUUGCAUCUGAUACAAUUCCGAACACAAGUCCUGGACGUACGGCCUCAUGGCCAAGAUCAGUGGCUAGUCAAAACCAAGGCGGUGCAUCAGAAUCUAGCCAGCACGCCUGUGGAAGAAGUAUACGACGCUGUGAUCGUGGCCAGUGGCCAUUAUGCUGUCCCGUAUAUACCGGACGUGCCUGGCAUCCAGCACUGGAAUAGAGCUUAUCCGGGCCGUAUCACACACUCAAAGUACUAUCGAAACCCUGAGAACUAUGCCGGCAAGAAGGUCAUCGUCUCAGAAUCAUAUCUCAACGUUGGUGGAGCUUCGCCGGAGAAGCAAGAGAAGCCAGAGAUCAUCGAAUAUCUACUGGAAAGCCGAGGAGUCAAGUUUGCAGAUGGCACCACCGAGACCGACAUCGAUGCCAUCGUAUAUUGUACUGGCUACUUCUAUUCGUAUCCAUUUCUGGAUUCUCUUGAUCCUCCAGUGAUAACUACAGGUCGAAGGGUGGAGAACUUAUACCAUCAUCUGUUCUACAGACAACGACCUACCCUGUCAUUCCUGGUCUUGACCCAAAAGGUCAUCCCAUUUGCAUUUGCGGAAGUGCAGUCGGCAUUGGUUGCAAGAGUGCUCUCUGGGCGCUUAACGCUCCCAAGUGAGGAAGAAAUGAGGGCAUGGGAAGAAGACAACGUCAGGGAGGCUGGCGAAGGAACGUCAUUCCACGUGCUGCAGUUUCCAAAAGACGCAGACUACCUUAACACGCUUCACGACUGGGCUGUCAGCAUUGACGAGAACGGCUCGAUAGGCAAAAAGCCACCCUACUGGAGGGAGAAGCAGUAUUGGAUAAGAGAACGGUUCCCAAAUAUCAAGAAAGCCUUCAAUGAUCUAGGCGAAGCUCGCCACAAGGCACGAAGGUUAGAAGACGUAGGCUAUGACUUCGAGGCGUGGCGGCGCGAGAAAGAGAAGGAGGAGCAUAUUCUAUAGAUCAGGCGGCGAGGAUCUGGUGAAUUGAAAGUUUCUCAACUCCG